AUGGCAACUCAAAGCAACAAAGAAAAUUUCUUGACUGGACUUGCAAACGCCUUGGAAGAUCAAUGGCUAGUUGACGUACGGCUCAAGGCAGGGGAUAGUGAUGAGGAUUCAGCUAUCUCCGUCCACAAACUAAUUCUGGGUUCAAGAUCAAAGGUUUUUAGGAAGAUGUUUGAAUCAGAAGAGGUUAAGACUUCGGCUAACGAUGUGGAGACAGUAACUCUCUCCGAGAUGAAACAAGAGGAGUUGGAAGCAUUAGUUGAGUUCAUGUACAGUGAUGGUUCACUGCUUUCUGCGAAAGGGAAGCAACAUUUUCGAUCACUCUAUCUUGUGGCUGACAGAUACGAGGUUCUGCACCUAAGGGACCUAUGCAGAGACGAGCUUAUCUCUUUUCUGAAUUCGUCGAAUGCUCUUGAGGUCCUUGAACUUGCCCAAAACCCUUUUGACAAAGUUCUCAACGAUGCAACCUUCAACUAUAUCAAAAAGAAUAUAAGUACGAUUGCUAGCUCUGAUGAAUUCAAGAUGUUCGUCGCCAAUAAUCCAGAUCUUUCCGUGGAGAUAAUGAGUGCUUCUCUUUCUCUGGCAAGUAUCAACGACGAUGAAGAGGUGGUUCAGGUCAAAGAGGAGGUGGUUCAGGUCAAAGUCGAUGAGGUGGCGGUGGUGAGAAGGUCAACGCGACUAAGAAAGCCAAAUAGAAAGUAUUCUGAUUGA